GGUGCAGGGACCCUAACCGCCAUAUUUCCAGCCGCCACACCGAGCAGUUAAUCUCCUCUUAUGGACUAAUAUGAAAGAAGUGGAUGUAGAGGUCUGACACAGCCAAGAAAGGAGGCAUAUUUCUUGUGGAUCAUUCUUGUUUUCCAUCACCGAGCGUCAGCAUGGAUGUCUUGGCGAACCACAGUAUCUUUCAGGAACUUCAGCUCGUUCACGACACCGGCUACUUCUCUGCCAUGCCGUCGCUGGAGGAAAACUGGCAGCAGACCUGCCUAGAAUUGGAACGCUAUCUGCAGACGGAGCCCAAGCGUCUGUCUGAACUCUUUGACCAAGACCUGGAUGGCCUCCUAACUCCGGCCUAUCUAAAGGAGGAUGGCGAGGAAGAGCUGACAGAAUCUCUGCUCCCCAGCCUGCCCAGCCUCCCUGAGCCCCCGACCCCACCUCCAGUGAUCCUCUGCCCGACAAGGAAGAACGUCCCCUCCACUGGUGCAAUGAAAAGGGACCUCAAACCCAAAAACCAGGGGCUAGAAAACGGAGAAGGGAUGGAGGGAGUCCAUCAGGCCCAACUGAGCGCCGUCACCUCCCUGACACCCCCGUCAUCACCAGAACUGGGCCGUCACCUCGUCAAACCCAACCAGACGCUGACGGCCUCAGCUGAUGGGACGCUCACCCUGAAGCUGGUGGCCAGGAAGGUGGGGCUUAGUGCGGCCCGGUUGGUGGCGGGGCAUGCCCUCCCUGUACGAAUGAAGGACGAAGAUGAGGGGGCUGCAUGUGUGAUUGGGGUUGGGGAGCUACCAGAGAACAAGAAGAGGAUUCACCGUUGCCAGUUCAAUGGCUGCAGGAAGGUGUACACCAAGAGCUCCCACCUAAAGGCUCAUCAGAGGACACACACGGGUGAGAAACCGUACAAAUGCUCGUGGGAGGGCUGCGAGUGGCGAUUCGCCCGGAGUGACGAGCUGACGAGGCACUACCGCAAACACACUGGCGCCAAGCCUUUUAAGUGCAACCACUGUGACAGGUGUUUCUCGCGGUCGGAUCACUUGGCGCUACACAUGAAGAGGCACAUCUGAGGAAUCUGAGAGAGGUCAGCGGGAGUGGAAGAGAGGGGAAGAGGAUGGAGGCGGAGUGGAAGAAAAAGCAGAGAAAUAACACCAUAGAUGUGAGAGAGAGAGAGAGAGAGAGAGAGAGAGAGAGGAAGAGACAGUGGGAUGGACUCAAAAGACACCAGAUUUGGCCAUUCUGGGCUGGAGGGAGAAGCACCACACAGGGACGCUGACUACAGACAGAAACACAAGCAGCCAGACAGACGGAUCCUAAGUGGCUCUUUAAAUCUGUGCUCAACCAUUUGGUCCAUGAUUCUAUGACAUGAUGACACGUCAUCACCUCGCACGUUUCCCGGCGUUGUCGCGUGGACAAUACAGACGCUCCAUCCCACGCUUCGUAUGUGUCUCAGAGGGGAUGUCACAUGAUGAAUGGUGGACCACGUGCCUGUAGUCGGCAGCUCUUUGUUUUAAUCGUCCUUGCAGUCUUUGCAAUCGUCCCUCAGCCGAAACGCUUCCAAAAUAUCAGCCCUGGUCAUGCAGCAGUGCUCCACAUGCCAGCGAGUGCACCAACGCCAAACUGGACCCGUUGUACAGUAAUUUUAGUGUGCUGACUGCAGAACUGCUGUUUGUAUAUUCAAGAUUUCCUCUUCUUAAAGCGUACCUUAAGCUGGGGAGAACGGUUCAUUUCCAACAGUAGCUUAUAAAAGCAUCAUCUCACAGGAUAAGCAAGCAAGAAAGCUGGCUUUCACUCCUUCAAUCUUUCCACAGCCUUUACAAUUCGCCAAAGGGUUUAUUAUCUUAUAUAUGGGACAGAUAAUAAUUUGACAGUUUUUCAUCUGACCUCUGUCACAUCUGCCAACUGGAUCCAUUUAUAAAUCCUUCUGGUUCGAUGGCAUCGGAGCACUUGUUUGAACAGAGCAUUAGAUUGGAUUUCCCGAAGACUUGAGGAUGGGAGUGUGUUGCACUGAUGUGCUGUGAAGACUGAUUGAGGUCAUGCAGGGGGCUGGCUUGCUUUAUGAACAUCAUCCAUUGAGGGUUACCCUGGAUGAGGCUAACUAAUCUACUCUGGGAAAGACUGUUCAUCUCCUAGAAUGUCAGCUGAAACCGAGCAUCUCAAGAGAUGCUAGUUGGCUCCUAAGAGUUUUUCUCUCUCUUGGCUCUUACGAGUUGUUGUCAGAAACUGUUGCACAAUUGACUCUUUGCAAACUUUUUGUAAAAAAAAAGAAAAGAAAAAAUGCCUCACCGUCUUGAACUGGGAGACAAUUUGGGACUCAUCAAAUGCUGGCUUUCACAUGCCGACGGAGAGUGGACAGCCAAAUGCACAAGUUGAAGCAUCUAGCUGACUGUGAUAGCACACUGAACACAAACAGGAUCACGAUGUAUGUAAAGGCUAUAUUGUUUCUAAGAAAAAAAAAAUCUCCUAUUUGUUCAACAAUAACAACUGAAAAAGACCAUUUUGAAGAACAUAUUGGAAAUGGAUGCAGCCAAAAAAAAAAACAAAACAACAACAACACAAGUGUCUACUGUAGAUGCCUGAAAUGAUCUCUUUGGCCUUUUGAGAGUGAUUGGCACCUAACUAGCCACUGGGUCUGAGGAAGGUUUGUCCCGUUCCCACCGCCCAUGCAGAACUCUUCCAAUUCAGCAGUUCUCAGACUUCAUUUUCAAGAAAAGCAGCAUUCGACAGCUCUCCUAAUCUGGCCCUAUGCAUAUCUAAAAACAUACCUUCUGACUUCCUGACCAUAAAUGCUUGUCUGAAUGCAGAUUUCUACCCUGCUGAACACAGAGGGACUUGUAGGAGAACACAUGACACAAAUUCAAUCAAUUGGGUGGCUCUUCACAGAGCAAAUCAAUGUGAAUGUAUCUGUUGUAAGUCUGUACAUGUUGCUGGGCCCAUGAAAACACUUUAGUGUGGUUGGUAAGAUCAUACCAGACACCAUUUGUGUUGAUAGUUUAUCUUUUACACAUUACAAAUGAACAGUUGGACUUAGAAUAACUAGUCAGCUAGUAGCUUUAGACAUUUUACUGGUCAUGAGUGCUGAUUUCCAGUGGGUGGCUGAAGUAAGUUAGGGGGCUGAGGGGCAGAUCUGCUCAGUCAGCAAUGAUAACUGCCCCAUUAGCUCAUGAAACCGCAAUGGAGUGAAACCCACAUGCACACAGAGACACAAAUAUGCACUCCCAGAAAACUGGAAUUAACCUUUUAUCCUUGGUUUUCUGAGUCUUGUCAGACAGAACAAAGAUGCAUAAAAUCCAGCUUUUUGCCACAUUACACUACAAGUGUCAUGUCUUUAAUCCACAAAGGAAUAUUGGGUAAACAUCAGCUCAGCUCAAGUGCACACAAAUCAAAAAGGCAGCUUGGACAAAAGUAAAUGAUCAAGAUACAGAUGAACUGCUAGGUCAAGGUGUUUAUUCUUUAUUUUACAAGACUUUUAAUACUUCGACACAAAGUGAAGCACACAGGAGUCUGCUUCUUGGCAAGGGAUGCACAAAAUUGAUUUAACUCUGUGUACCAGAGGCGCAUUUCAAUUUCGGGUAUGAUUGCAGACCAACUCAAACAUAUCUUGACAUGAUCUGUCUGCAGUCUGGAAGUAGACACUAUAUCAGCUCCUGCUUCGCAUUAAUAGUGAACACUUCCUUUCUUAAUGUGCAAAUAAGCCAGGCUCCCUUUUAUAUUGAACAUCUAAGUGACAGGCCUCUACAUGCAAAGAGAGGAGGGAGUGACCACAACAGAAACAAACUGAGAUAAGUUUUAAGUGCUGGUUUUAUUUUCAAGGAGACCAAAAAUUCUCAUCGUCCAUCCUGGUUGCAGACUGUCACUGCUACCAGUCGUUACAGUGACAAACAUUUGAGAUCUGGUUAGCAGAUCUUAAAAUAUCCAGUUCGGAUGGGAAUGUCAGAGCAGGUUAGCAGGUUUGUGUUUUCCCUCCUUAGUCCGACUCUCAACGUGGAAGUCAAAAUGAAGACUAGCGGUUUAACCUGCGGGUUAAAAUUGUAUCAUCAAUGGCAGCUCUACUUGUGUGAUUCAGUGUUUCAAUGGGACACUCUCCUGUUGAACUGAACUGUUGCGAAUGUGUGGGAACAUGUGGCUCUGGAGUGUUGUUUUUAUGUUUUUGUUCUGUACCAAUCAUUGACAGCUGAGGAUUUUGGGCCGAAUGUGUCUUUCAUGUUCAUUGAGACUUUAAGGAGCCGAGACAUGGAAAUUUCCCAAUUACAGGACAGUUUCAAAUUUGGUCUGACUCUUCUCACGACUUGACAUAAACAAAAUUGUUCUCACGUGUGCAGCCAGAAGCUCAAAAACUGGGAUUUCAAAUGUGAAUGUGUUUUCUGGAAAGGUUGUUUCAUGUUGUCUCCGAGGAUGCGGUUCAGUUUUGUGUCAUCUUAAUGAAUGAUUGUCUAUUCUGCUGUGCCUGUGUGUUCUUCGUCUGUUUGUAUUUGCACUCUGAAUUUUUUGGAAAACUCACUUGCAUAUCUGAUGUUUUCUGUCUGCUUGUACACUACACUUCACACAUGACGACCCUGGGUGAUGAAACACUGAUCACAAAGUCUGUAUAGUAGCUGUUUUUAGCACAAAUGUACACACUCAUGCAUACAUGUUACAUGGAUCCACACACGUUGCAGAUGAGCAAACAUACUUACACAAACUACAUGGGCGCAGACACUCCACAGACACGGAUUCAUACAUACAAACGCGUGCACAAAAACAUACGAAUUCUUACACAUAUAAAUGCACAAGUACAUCCUGAAUCCACACAGUCAAACACAAACACCUGAACAUACUCACAAAUACACAGACACUUAUUCUCCAUUCUCCUUGUGUGUUUUUCACCGUUUUUCAUGCCACCUUGUGAGAGUCAGAGAUCCAGACUGCAGCUCUUGCUCUCAGCAGAGGGGUGGGGGGGUGUUAGACACGCAUUACUAUGUGUGACACCGCCUCUGUUUCCACCAGGUCUGAAUUUCAAAUCAAACGCACCCCCUUUUUCUACCAGCAUUCCCUCAUCGCUUCUCCCUCCCUCUCUUCCCUCCCUCCCUCCUUCCAUUUUCUCAGAUAUGAUCCUUUUCAACUCCUCUGUCCGACUUCCCCCCCUCACCGCCACGUCUCUUCCCCUCCUGUCCUCGACCCCCUUCUCCAGCUUCUUCCUUCGUUGUCUUUCUCCUUUUCUUUCGCUGUACAAAGUGUUUCAGAUUUAUCAUUUGUAUAUUAUGAUGUAUGGGUACGAUAAUGUUCUUUAUUAUGGAAAAAUGAGAAAGAUUUAUUUUUGUUACUGGUUUGUUUCAUAAUUCUUUUUUAAAUUGGUAUUGUAAUAUCUCUAUGCAAGGAACUGUUCGGUGAAUCGUUUUUAUUUAAGAAUGUAAUUAUGUGUAAUAAA